AUGGCGAUAGAUCGUGCUAUUAUCUUUCUCUGUUGUUUGCUUGUAAUUUCCUUUACUUCUUCAGCGAAGGGGAAAAAGAAACAAAGGGGUGAAUAUAUUCAUCCUUUUAGUGAUGAAGCAUACGAAACUAUGCUUUCGCUGGUGCAGGGAACGUUUAAUGUUCCUGUGGCGGAAAGGACAAGGGAGCAGAAAAACGCCGUCGUUCGAUUUUGGCGCAACAGGAGUCGAUAUCAUCUUGGCCCUCAGACUACACCGACCUUGUAUUUUGACGGCAGGAAAGUCUUGAAAAUAUCAUCGAUAUCAAAUGUUGUAGGAAAGACGUUCAAAGAUGCAAAGUCUGCGGGGUGUAAGAAGAUUCGUAAUCGCGCGGCAGCGGGAUUUGCUGGAUUGAGCGAAAGGCGAAUACUAAGUGUAACAAACAGUGAGUUGAAAUAUAGAAUUCACAAUGCCAAGUUCACGAACAAAGCUGUACCAAGACCCGUAACUGCUAAACAUGUACAGUCUCAGCAUCAAGUUGAUCUAAUGGCCCUUAUUAACGACGCUGUUAAACAUAAUGGGAAAGUGUACAAGUAUGUCUUGAGCGUUAUGGAUAUUUUCAGCAGAUUUGUCUGGCUACGCCCAUUAGAAAAAAAAAAGACAAGUAGCCGUGUGGCUAUGCUUCUUUCAUCCAUAUACUCCGAACAUGGCCCACCGGAUCGUCUGCAAAGCGAUCGUGGUCCAGAGUUCUUGGGAAAGCUAAAAUCGUUAUGUAAAAAGUGGAAGAUCAAAAUGAUCAAAUCUCGACCGUACCACCCUCAAUCCCAGGGGAAAGUCGAGAGGUCGCAUAGACGGUUAAGGGAAAAAUAAAAUACGACCUUAUCGCUUUAGGUAAGAAGGGAGUAAACUGGGCAAAAGAAUUUGCCAGAUUAUAACCGUGUUCUCAAUGAAGAAAGUAAGGAGGAACUGGGCUGGAAAACCCCUUUCAAAUAUAUUAUGGUCGGAGAUCGAAUGUUUUAGUUAAAGCACCUUUAAAUUCGGAACAAUCAGAUGACGGACAUGUUGUUAGCAGCUUUCCUACACAAAAUGAUUUAAAUCACCAUUCCAGAAGCAUCAAGAGACUUCGAAAAAGGGCAAGUGUUUACAGCAAGAGGUUGAACUAUCGCAUGAUGAAACGGCACAAAAAGCUGCACAGAGCUGUCAGUUAUAAACCAAAAGAGAGAGUUUUGGUUCGUUAUCGUGCGGGAAAGGGGGCCAGUAGCAUUGGAUCGAGAAAACGGUACGUUAUCCAGGGCACUGUGAUUAAAAAAAAAACCAAGAGUGACAUGUAUAAAAUAAGAUUCAUUACACCGGAUUCUUCAAAAAAAAAACGGACCAAUGGUUCUCCGUAGAAAAUCUGACUGCGUUGAGCACACAAAGCCAGGUUAGCAAGAGGACACGACAAAGUAAACGGAUAACCAAAAGAAAACUGCAAGAGCAUAGAAAGAAAUUUGCUAUACUAUUGCAGCCAUGUGAUAAAUUCAUCGACAGGGACUUUGGCGAUGUAGGCUUGUCUUUAUUGUAUAACCCUCCAGGCAACGGUAAUUGCCAAUUUGAGGCUCUAUGUUUCUGGUUGAGUCACCUUGGCAUUUUUCGUUCAGCAGAAACUAUUCGUGAGGAAGUGGUACAGUAUCUUGAGGAUCAUCCAAAUAAUGCGGAAGGCAUACCCUUAGAACUUUUCGCUGCUAUGCCGUGGUCGCAGUACCUGCGAGAAAUGUUAACCGAUGGUACUUAUGGAGACCAAUUGACAUUACAAGCUGCAGCUGAUUUGUACAAUAUUCAGAUCGUCGUGUUCUCAACACUGGGUGCAAAUGCAACUGCUGUAAUUUCCCCCUCAUUUAGCAAUCCGAUCGCAACGAUACACCUCGGACACUAUGCAGAACAACAUGGCGAGCAUUAUAUAUGCGUUAACAGCGAUCGGCUGCCUGAAAGCGUUAUUGAACUUGAAAGGAGUGAUGCUUGUGAAAACGAACCCUCACGAGAUAUUGGGUUGGACUGUUCAUGUGAAAAGAGCGCGGGAACUGAAAAGGAUCCAGGAGUUAAUUCGAACGUUAAACUGAAUUUAAAGUUUAGUGAAGUAAGUGAAAACGAACAGAGUAUCAUCUUUGUAGCGGACGAGGAUGUCAUGACCUGUAAUAGCGUCUCGCACUUAGACAGGCUACCCAACGAAAUUCUUGAGAAGAUUUUAUUUAUGGUCCUAUCGUCUUCAGGCUUCAGGUGGCCCAACCAUAUUUGUCAGGUAUUUCGGCAACUUUUUAAUGUUAACACUCGCUUUAGAUCCAUUUGCAAAAGAUUUAUCCUGAGGCUUCCGCGAAUUCAUUUUCCAUCGGGAGGUGACAGCGGGAUUGUAAGUGUG